AUGAUAUGCCCCAUGCAGAGACUCGCGACGUCCGCUAAUCAGUUCGACGAGUGCUACAACGACACCCUCCAGCCGCUGAUCAAGACCAGUCCCUGCACCUCCCGGCCGGAUGAAGCCGUCGGUCUCGACAGUGGAGUCGACGUCCAAGCCCAGCUACCGGACCAGGAGGGGAACACCGCCCUACAGCACCUCUCCCUACAACAACAGCUACCUCUCGACAUGACCGCCACCAUGGCCGACCCCAGGUACUGGAUGACCUCCCAGUCCAGCACCAACUUCCCGCCAGCAUAUCACCCGCUCAUCUUCCAGCAGGAGUGGAUGUCAGCCUACCCCCAGCAAUUUCAGCCCCAGCCUCUGAUAGUCCAGCAAGCACAGGACCUGGCCUUCCAGGACACGACGUCGCUGGUGACGAGUACGAAUGCACAGUGCAUGGCCCCCUUCUACAACAUCCAGAACCAGGCGACGUCAUCGAAUGUGCUGACCGUUCCACCUAAUUUACAGGCAAGUCCCAGCCAUUGUUCUAUUGUUUCGAGGGUGCGCGAUACAGUUUGGCACAGUUGUUUUGUUCCCUAAUGGCUUUUGUCUCAUUUCGAAUUUGAGUGUGCCAGUGUCAUCGAUAGCUGAUUGUUCGGUUUGAAAAGAUAACAAUCAGGCUGGAAACAAUUGUUUCCGGCCAAUCAUGUUAUCAGUUUAGUUAAUUAUAUUUAAAAAUUUUAAAAUUAUUUUUAAAAUUUAAUUUUAAAAUUUAAAUAUUAAAGUAAUUAAAAUUGUUUGAAUUUCAGGAAAUCAAGACGGAACAAGGCCACGGCGUGAUACAGAAGCUGCCGUCAGCCGCGACCUUAGAACAACAAUGGCAGUUCUAUGGGUGUAUGAGUAAUGAAGACUUGAACUCACUGGCUCGCUCCGAAUCGACCGGUCUCAACCUGGCCGGCUGCCCGGAAGAAGAAGCCAGCUCCGAGGACCUGGAAGCCUUCGCCAAGACCUUCAAGCAGAAGCGGAUAAAGAUGGGCUUCACCCAGGCCGACGUCGGCCUCGCCCUGGGCAGUCUGUACGGGAACGUCUUCUCCCAGACCACGAUAUGCAGGUUCGAGGCGCUACAGCUCUCCUUCAAGAACAUGUGCAAGCUGAAGCCGUUGCUGUUCAAGUGGCUGGAGGAGACAGACGCGGUCAACAGUCAGUCCUCCUCCAUCUCCAUGGGCCCGGGCAUGGACAAGGUCGGGCUGGGAGGGGCGGCGGGCCGACGCCGCAAAAAGCGCACCUCCAUCGAGGUGCAGAUCAAGUCCCGGCUCGAGUAUCACUUCCAAAAAAACCCGAAGCCGAACGCUCAAGAGAUCACAAGUGUCGCCAACGACCUUCAGCUCGAGAAGGAGGUGGUCCGGGUCUGGUUCUGUAACCGGCGUCAGAAGGAGAAGCGCAUGACCACGCCUCAGAACUACCCUGGCUCUGAUCUCGUGCUACAGUCAGCCGUCGCCGCCAUGUCUGGCUACGGACAGAACGGCAGCCUUUCCAGCCAGUCAGGGUCCUCCCACCUCCCCACCCACGUCGAGCACAACGACUACCAGUACUGA